CGCGUUUGUGUUGUUCAGUCAAUUUCCCCUAGGAGGCCCAAGGACGUCCGUCGCUUUCGUCUUUCGCGCCGUGAUGUCCGACUCUCUUCACCCAUGGAUAUCGCAGUACCUCAUCACAGUCGCAGAAACAUCUGGAAAGUCGUUUGCUGAUCUCCCUAUCGAAGCCAUUUCACCUAGCAAGAAGAAGAGAGUUCAAAUAAUCGAGUUUCUGACAUUCAACGGAGAUGCAGCAAUAUGGGGGAGAGUGUCCGACAAGGAAUCCAUGAUUCCCGUGUGUUUCACUAAAGAUGCUGUAUCGCAAUAUACGAAAGAUUCACAAGGUCGCAGGAUUACAGAAGCAAAACACGCCAUUUUUUCCAUUGGGCAAUUUCGCCCAAUCUUCGUACGAAUUCCCGUUGGGAACAAUCGUUCAAAAUUGAGCGAGGAUCCUCAUAUAGCUCUAGAAGCUGGUGUUGUUAAAUUUGUUGGCGCUGGCACAGGCGUUUUCGGUCCCCCGCAGGACGUUGAGAUGAACUCUCAAGUGAGGGCAUGGGUCCGCGGACUCCGACAAGGUGGCGAUGGUGGGGAUGUCAUAAAGCGUGAUAAACACAAUGCAGCAGAUUUACGACUCCAGGAAAUCCGUUCAGUUACCAACCAUGUGGAAGCACCUCCCAUGCCUCAGGCUCGGGAGCCAGAAUGCAAUUCACUUCGCAUUGCGCCGGAACCUCCUGUCCGAAGUAUCAUUUUGGGGAGGGAAUAUAGAAAGCGCUGGAUAGUAAGCAUGUACAAUACGUGAAGAUUCGUUCAUUGAACUGUGUUUAUCAGGAUGCCCAGAAUGACUUCCGGUUAUGCGCAAUCAAGCCUCAUGUUGAUGGCAAAGUACAAACGCUUGUCAGUGAACAACCUCAAAUGGGCCAACUGCCUGUCGAAGAAGGUGCAUUU